AUGGAUGCGGAUCUGCUCGAAAAAGCCCGAGCACUAGCGGAUCCGGCCUACGUUACUGUCGCCGAAGCCGCCCGCCGAAGUCGCACGGCGCUAUUUCGUCAACUCCUUACCCAGCGAAGACUUUUGCCUCAGGGACUCGACGAGCACACCGUUCGUCUAUUGGUCGACGAGCUCGCCGGCCUGGACGCAAACCAGUUUAUAGACCAAGCCAACGUCGGCGAGCGCGAAGGCCGUAUUUACAGCGAACUCGUGCGGGCGCGCCAUUUCGGAAUGGCGCACGGCAUGGGCCGGGCCGGCGACCUGGCUGCCUCGCAGCCCAAGGCCUGCGGUGCAUCCAUCCUCGUGCGUUUAUGCGCGGCGCUAUUGCUGGAUGCGCUCCAUGUUGCCGGUUUCAGGAGCUGCCGUCGGGUCGCGCUGCUGCCGAUCGCCACCGGCAUGGCGAUGACGCUGUGCCUGCUGGCGCUUCGCUGGCAGCGACCCGCCGCAGAUCGCGUCCUCUGGAUCCGCAUCGACCAGAAAGCAUGUCUGAAAUGCAUCAGAGCCGCUGGCUACCAGAUUGAUGUUCUGGAAAACAAACUCGAUGGCGACCAGGUCGUCACCGAUAUGGAGGCGUUGGAGAAGCGUCUGGCAGCGAGCGACCCCAGCCGCUACGCUGCCGUCAUCAGCACCACAUCGUGUUUUGCGCCGCGUGCCCCUGACCGUGUUGUUGCUAUCGCUCAGCUUUGUGCACGUUACGGCAUACCGCACCUCAUUAACCAUGCCUAUGGCGUGCAGAGCCGCCGCUGCAACGGGCUCGUGUGCGCAGCGUGUCGCCUAGGUCGGGUCGAUGCCGUCAUUUUCUCGUUCGACAAGAACUUUAUGGUGCCCGUCGGCGGCGCCGGCGUUGCUGGCACCUCCCCCACGUUCAUCGAGGCAGUGGAGUCGUUAUAUCCGGGUCGCGCCUCCGUGGCACCGGUAGUGGAUCUGUUCAUUACACUGCUCCAACUCGGCCGCGACGGCUUCUCGGGACUGCUGCGCGAACGCGAGCGUCGUUUCCAGCGCUUCCAGGCGCAGCUGGCGCCAGUACUCGCCAAGCACGGCGAACGACUAUUGCACACGCCCGAUAACCCAAUCUCAUUCGCAAUCAGCCUGGAACACACCAUGCUCGAGGGCGGCAUCGAGCCAACGGCGAUCGGGAGCAUGCUGUACGCGAGGCGCUGUUCAGGGCCGCGCGCCGUGCUCGGCACCGAGCGGCGUCUCGUGCAGGGGGUGCUUCUAGCCGGGUACGGUGCGCAUAUCGCGGAUUAUCCGGUGCCGUACCUCAACCUGGCAGCAGCCAUUGGGAUCCGGGAUAUCGACAUCGAACGAUUCUGUCGCCGCCUGGAUGAGGUGCUGGGGCAGGUGCGCGGCACUCGCCACGCCUCUGCAGCUAGCGCGGCGCUUGGGCCCCGAGCCGAUCCAGGUCCGCCAUGA